CGUACAAAACUAAAUUAGUUUUCCUCGGAUUGAAUUAUGGUGGUUUCUAUAUUGAAAAGUAAGAAACUUAUUCGACCUCAGCCCACAUUUAGGUUGGUGGCCGAGGACAAAGAUGAAGUGGCAUCACCGCUGCGUAAUCAGGUCAACGAAUAUGCAAAAUCAACCUCUAUUCAUGGUAUCAAAUACAUCGGAGAAAGAGGACGCUCAACAUUAGAGAGACUCCUGUGGAUAUUUCUGUGCGUGGGAAGUGCACUCCUGGGAGCAUGGUUAAUAAGGCCAAUUUUCAACAAAUGGCAGAAUAACCCUACAAUUACCACAGUAGAGAGCACGAAUUAUCCCGUGUGGAACAUAUAUUUUCCCGCUGUUACCAUUUGCUCCAACAACAAGGUCACCAGAUCGAGAUUUAACCAGGCCAUAAAGAAGAAACCUUGGAUAGAUUUGACUAAUCACACAUUAUUCAACCAAAAUCGAAGCUUGGAGCCUGAAGAAGUGGAAAAAAGCAUUUUCGAAUCCGUUGUGAAUGUUUUGACCAGAAUCGUUCAUUUGGAUGGUGAAUUAGGUAUAUUAGACAACCAGACUGAAAAAGAGCAGUUCAUCUACAAACACCUCAAAAAUGAGGUUCCUAAGUUAUUAAAGCAGACAAUGCAAUCUUGCCGCUCUUUGGCAAUCCUUUGUAUUUGGCAGGGCCAAAUUACAAAUUGUUCGGAUCUGUUCGACAUCCGGCAAACUGAUGCUGGCUAUUGUUGCUCCUUCAAUACCAUAAACGUGAAUGAGCAAUUAGCGGAUUCGAAUGACUUGAAUUUUGAAAGUGAGGAGCUUUUUGGACAUGGUAAUGACGAUGGCGACGGGGACGGCGAGUGGGAGGAUGACGAUGACGAUUGGGAGGAUGACGAUGACGAUUGGGAGGAUAACGAUGACGAUUGGGAGGAUGACGAUGACGAUUGGAAGGAUGACGAUUAUGAUUACUAUUACUAUCACGAGGAUGAAUUUUCUGGGAAUGAUUCAGAAAUCGAAAAUGGCAAAGGGGCGUCAACAGAUGGUGUUGGGCCAAUCACAGUUACCACUGAAGGAGUCGAUCAAGAAGAUUCUGAAGUAGCGAUGGACUCGGAUCAAUUGGAUUCGAAUGAUCCCCCCGUGACGGGCCGUAUAAAACGAUCUACCCCAUCAAAAAUCAAUUCGUUAACCAAGCCAAAGAAAGCGGCCAAGAAACUUCGUCGGUCAAAUAGUGCGAGCACUUUGACGGGGCUGAGUGUGGUUCUAAAUCCCAAGGCGAGACAGUAUUUUAUCAGCAAAGAUAAUUUCAUCGGUUAUCGGGUCUUGGUUCAUAGCCCUUACAGUUUUGCCGAAGUUGCGGGGAAAGGAUUUGCCGUGGGUCAAAACCGUGAAGUAUUCAUUGGAGUUGGAGCGCAGUUAACUGAAAGUACAUCUAAGGUCCGGCAAAUGAGCAUUCAGAAACGGCAAUGUAUCCAACACGACGAGAGUCUGGAGGGAACUGGCAUCAAGAUUGAGACCUUUUCCAACUAUAGUCGUCCAUCUUGUCUUCUGGAGUGUCGGGCCAAGAUCUUGUACAAGAACUGCCGUUGCCUGCCUUAUUAUUUUCCCAACUUUGCCAAAGCCUGGAAGAGAAACACGGAUUGCGAUCUCCAGGGUCUUCAGUGCAUUGCCAACAGCUCGGCCACCUUGAGCGCGUUGAGUGUGGACGCCAAUUUCCAAGCCAAAGACGAUUUACUUGAAGGAGCCAAUUGCUACUGUCCUAUCGAUUGUACUGAGACCGUCUAUAAUCAGGAAAUGUCUCACGCAAAAUUAAUGGACUCAUCACGAGUGCACAAACUAGUCUUAGAGGAGUAUUCUGUGGCAAAGAAACUAAAGAAACUAACUUCAAACGCUACUUUCAGUCUGAAAAAGAGGCAGGUCUUUGGAGAGCGGUUGGAAAAAAUGCUCGAGGACAUCACACUUGUACAUAUUUAUUUCAAAGAGCUCGGAAUCGUGAAGUACAGCCGCGACCAGUUAUAUAGCGUCAUGGACGUCAUAGCUGCCUUUGGUGGAAUUGUGGGCCUUUGCAUGGGCUUCAGUCUUCUGAGUGGAGCAGAACUCAUAUACUUCUUUACAUUGCGAAUGUUUGUGGACCGUCAAAAAAACAUUGCAAGAAGCAAAAACCGUGGUAGACCCAGCCGAAACAAUGUUCAGACUGAAUAAGAUGAGCAAACCCCAACGCUGUACUAUUUUUCAUUUGAAGAUUAUCCUAACAGGUACUUUUAGAGCCAUCUAAUAAAGAAGAUUUUGUGUAACGUUCCA